UUCGACAGUAUAUUCGCCGCUCGAGAGACGGAACCAGGGGGACAAGUUGUAGACCUCCAAAACUAUUUUACGGUGAUGCGUUAGCGACAGUAGGGUAGAUGAGAGGUGGGAUCACUCAAACCAGGAGAACGCGAAAUUAAACCGCAUUUUAUCAUUUUAUGUCAUGUUUGGAAGUUUUGACAGAUCUCGUAAAACAGAGUAUAUUCUUUGAAUGUUAUUGUAAGCACAAUUCUGGGGUUGACACAGUAGGAGUUGGAGUUUCUGUAAUCGCAUGUUCCCCUUUUCCAAUGGACACGCAUUUGGAGACCCCUGGUACACCAAGUAGACCUAUGGAAUCACUUCUGUAAUGUGGAUUGCAAUUUUAUUUGAAAAAAAUAAAGGUCUACUUCAGAACGAUGUGAGAAGAUACGCGUCCUGGAUUUUCAUUUUUCUGGAUAUCUUAAAAAUUAUUGGCAACAGCUGAAAGUCGCUAUGCUCAAGGGAUUUCUGCUCAGGUGUCUUGCCUGCUCCGACCGUGGGACCAAAAUGGAUUUGACGCCACUGCAACCCCCCGUACCCCAUUAACAGAAGUUAUAACAGUUCUUACAUUUUGUUAUUAACCUACGGUUUUAAAUUUGACAAAUGCUUUGGAAGAAAUCGCAAGACGACCCGCAUGGAUUUUAAAUCGACAUUUGCAUUUGGAAUUUCAAUCAUGAACUUUGUUGACAGUUUGAUAACCUUGUUUCUCCUGACGCUUCUGUAUUUGUCAGCUGUCAAGAGUGCCCACAUACCGAAAGAAGGAUGGAGGAUUUCGCAUGACGGCGCCCCAGGCUACAAUGUUUUUAGUGCUUCAGUGCAGAAGGUACCAAACUUUGUGGGGCUGAGAGAGGGAUUGAAAGAGGGAGUCAGUACAGAAGCAUACCAGAGCCACAGUGAGAGAGGAAAUGAGAGAGACACCUUGAUGGUGAUAUCCUUCAUGGAGGUAUACAAUAAGAGCCUAUGUCAGCCCAGGGAGCUGCUGGUAGAGAUCGCACAGGAGUACCCAGAGGAGGUAGAACAUAUCUUUAUCCCAUCCUGUGUGGUGCUGACGCGCUGCGCAGGCUGCUGCAACGAUGAGAUGCUAGAGUGCACGCCAACCUCCACGCAUAACAUGACCAUGGAGAUAAAAAGAAUAAAACCCCAAAGACAAGAAAAUAAUAUCUUUAUGAGUUUUACAGAACACAGUGCGUGUGAAUGCAGGCCAAAGAAAGAAGUGAAAGAACAGAGACAAAAAAAACCCCGGAAAGGCAAGGGCAAAGGCCAAAAGAGAAAGCGAAAGAAAAACCAUGACCAAAAGAAUCGUGAAGCUCAGUGCGAGCCAUGUUGUGAUGGCUGUUCAGAGAGGAGGAAGCAGGGGUUCAUCCAGGACCCUCUGACCUGCCAGUGUUCCUGCAGAAACUCCAAUGCCCACUGCCGGGCGCGUUACCUGGAGCUCAACGAGAGGACCUGCAGAUGUGACAAGCCAAGAAGAUGAGAGGCCAAACUUCGGAUGAAAUGACAUGAUGGAAUAUUCACAAGAUGUUUCACAGCUCAGCACUUUGAACUUUAAACUCUAAGCUCAUUUUCUCUGUGGAAAGCAUUCCUCUGGACUGACUGAGAAACAGCGGAGAGAGAAAGAGAAAGAAAAUGAACAGACAGAAAAAUCAUCCCAAUGUAGAUCUGUAUAUACUAAAGUAUAUACUAAAAGUACAGAAUUUUUAUUGCUGCUAAAAGAAAACUAACUAAAACCCAUCAUUAUAAAAAAGCAAACAGCUGUGUGGUUUUGUAUUUCACUGGCGUGUGACCGGACUGCAGUUUUGUUGUAAUUUCAUUUAUGCAAAUUCUUCACUGGAUAUAUAUGAGUGGUUAUGUGUCGAAUCAGAAACAACAACCUAGCUAUGUGGUACAUAAAUCAACAGAAAAGAGGAGGAAGAGAAGGGAGAAUAUUCUUGGAGGGAUGGAAAGUACUGACCCAUAGACUCCCGUUGCAGGAACCCAAUUGCAAUAGCAGGACAGCCAAUGGGAAAAUGGGGAUCUGUCACAUUGUGACAAUUUCUUUUACCUGAAAACUGAUGUGUAGAACUUGUGGAAUGCUAGAACUGUGUCUUUUGCUGCCCUUUCUAGCAGUGGAACUGGAUUUGGAGUGCCAUUAAUACUUCUAAAGGGAUACUGAUGAUUGAUUUUGAUAUACAUGGAAACCUCUAGAAACAACUGAUACUGUAGCUUGAUUCCAUUGAGAAACUGUGCCUCAAACUGUGCUGAUCACUUCAGAGUGAGAAAUCCUGAAUCUGCUUCUUAAAUUAUUUAUUUGUUUUCGGAGGGGAGGGGGAUGGUACGCUGUCUGCGGUUGAACUCAAUACAGAAUGCAAUAGUAUCGAUGGCAAGCUGUCUGUAUAUAUACUAUACAUACUUAAUAUCCCUUCUGUCAUAGUCCGCUAUAGAUAAUUUAUAAUGUUAGAGUAUUUUCAGUAUUCAGUCCUCUACCCGUAUUUAAUUUGAUCUAUUUAUAUAUACAGUGUUAUGUUCUUUUGGGUUUCCCCCCUCCCCGCUAUGUGAUGUCAUUAUCGUCUCCUCUCUGCCUAGCUACAAGGAGACACUGCUCUUGGCUUUUAUAAGAAAAGAAAAUCUUUAUGUAAACAUUCCUCAAAUGGAUCAUUUGUAUGGACGGCCUUUUUAAGGUGGGGGUGCUGCGUGUGAUUUUCACCGUGUGUGUGUGUGUGUGUGUGUGUGUGUGUGUGUGUGUGUGUGUGUGUGUGUGUGUGUGUGUGUGUGUGUGUGUGUGUGUGUGUGUGUG